AUGGCUGAAGUGCAACCACCGGUGGAGGGUCAGGUUAAUGGCGGUAGUGGUGGCGUCGUAGGUGGUGGCGGCGGCGGCACUCUUGUGGGUGCCCCGGCAGAAACCGUCCCCGGUCCAACUAAACGACAGCGCAGGCCCAGCGUCAGAUUAGGUGAAAUAGGAGAUCAACACACCUACGAUAACCAUAGAAGAACCAAGCAGCAACAAUGGAGGUAUUCUUCAAAAGAAGCAAAAACUUCAAAAACCAGACAGCUUAUGAACCUAUCUGGCGGAGCCGCUAUGGAAUAUCAAGAAACCCUAGAUAUCGGAGUCGAAGAUAAAGAUGGCGGAAACAAGAGUAAUCACAAUCUAGGUAAUAGUAAUAACAAUAAUCCUCUGGAUUGUGUUGCGAUUGGUAGUUGGAAAGUUAGGGAUUCUGCGAAAUCGAAAAGGGGGUUUUCGAUGACGACAAAACGCGUCAGAUCGAAUUGGGUUUCGAAGACAAACGAUGGAGAUGAGAAAUUCGAAGAGGAAGAUGAUUUCGAUGAUGUUGAUCGAUAUACAGAUUAUGAACGUGAAGGUUCCGGUAGUCAAUUGAAGGAGCCAAGUUUGAAUCUAUCAAUGGAUAACGAAAGAGACUUGCAUUAUGGUAACAGAUCUAGAGAUGGAACCAGGGUUAGGGUUUCAGAUGGUCCUUCUGAUACCGAUGCAAGAAAUUGGAACAAUAACAACCCAGAAAGGAAUGGCGUUAGGGUUUGGUUGAAUCAAUUAGGGUUAGGUCGUUACGCCCCAAUUUUUGAGGUACAUGAGGUUGAUGAUGAGGUUUUACCUCUAUUGACAUUAGAAGAUCUUAAAGAUAUGGGGAUAAAUGCAGUUGGCUCCCGAAGAAAAAUGUUCUGUUCAAUUCAGAAGCUUGGUAAAGGGUUUUCUUGA